UCCUUCGUUUUAUAUAUGAUACAUGACCUGUACAUGUUGUUGUCCUUUUGAACAACAAAAAACACCUCAACUCGACAUUGACAAAGUGCUUUGAUUCUCAGCAUUUCACGUUUACGUAUACAGUGUCAGUGAGAAUUACGCAAUGGAUAUUCGCGCAGAAAUGACAGAAUAUCGUUCGUUCAUGGUGGGAUUUGCGAACGAAUUCACAGAUGAUGAUUUAAGGAGCAUCAAAUAUGUUUUGAAGGAUUAUAUUCCAGCUGGCAAGAUGGAACAACUUUGUACUGCACUACAGGUCUUCUCUAGACUCGAAGAACUCGGUCUUCUUGGACCUAGGAACUUCGAUGUGUUUUUGGAUUUGGUCGAGGCGAUGCAUCAACCAGAACUACUCACAAUGCUAAAGCAGUUUGUUGUUUCGAGUAAAGUACAACGUAUGCGAGAAAAAAUUAGGCACUUCAAAUUACGCACGGUUGCUGCACCGUAUCGCCAACGUGAAUGAAACACUUUAAAUCCAACCUCCCCAUUCAUAAAAGUUGUCAACUCAUUUCGUGGAAACAUUAAAGACAAACUGAGUUACAUUUUCAGUCUGCCUCAAAGAAACUUUACUUGUGUGCAAUUAUGCUAGCUGUCAUUUUACGCCUUGCUGGUUCUAAUGAAGAUUAUGCUUACUGAAGAACAAAACGCUCUAUAUCUAUCUCAAUAACACAAGUACACAACCUUAAAGAUCGAACAUUUGUUGUAAUAAAAGAGUGAAAUUACUGAAAUAGUUGGUAGGAGAAAAUGUUCAGUCACACGAGAAAUUCGGCGAACUCGCCAUAGAGGCCACUCAGGCUAGGUCAUAUAAUUGUAUUUACAUAUUUCUAUAUUGUAGUCAUGUAGAUAACUAUUAUACGAAAGCUCAGGCAGAAUUAUUUUGCCUUUGCCUUUGGAGGUACUUGGGGAAUUUCGUUUCACAUGUAACUAUCUGCCUAAUAUAAUUCCACCAAAUUCCAGUUCCUCCACUUCGACUGCAUGCAAUUUGAUGAUUAAGGUGAAAUAUUUUUCAUAUGAAUGCAUGCAUCUAAAUGAAUUUGAAAACAAAUUGAAUAUGGGAAAAUCGAGCAAUUUCGGAGCCUCUUGUUCAUUGGGAGAACCGAUGCUGCUCCACUGACCUAGUUGCACUAGAAUAGGUCAGAGUGCUGUACCUCACCCCCCUCACCCCACUUCCCCCUCACACUGAAUCGUCUUUAAAAUAUAUAGUAUAAUUAACCCUAGGAACGAGAAUGUAUAAUUAACCCUAGGAACGAGAAUGUAUAGUUAACCCUAGGAGCGAGAAUGUAAUAAAAGAACAAUUGUACGACUUAUUUCGUUUUAUUACUUAUUAAUGAUGUAUCUUUUGUGUAAUCAAC